AUGGACGAUUCUGAGACUGAUGAACGAGGCCGAGAAACAAGACUCCAGAACAUACGCAAAUGGGUUUCGGCUCCCGACCCAUCCACGAAUUAUCACAAAGCUCACAAGCAGCGACAAGCGGGGACAGGACUAUGGAUACUAGAAAGUGCAAAGUUCAAGAAAUGGAAAGAGGGCAAAGCGUCGCGGAUGUGGCUGUAUGGGAUCCCAGGGUGCGGAAAGACGAUUCUAAGCUCUACAAUUAUCGAGCAUUUGCUGCAGCACUGCGAUGAAGAUGCUCGUGAAGUCACGGUAUACUUCUACUUUGACUUCAAAGAUGUACAGAAACAGGAUCCAGAGUCGAUGCUUCAUUCAUUGCUCAGUCAACUUCUGCAGUGUUCGGUCGCCAUACCUAAGGAAGUUGACGAGUUGUUUUCAUCAUGCGGAAACGGACAACAGCAACCAUCGUUGUCAGCACUUCUCAAUGUCGCACCGCAGGUGAUCCGACAAUUCACGCAUGUCUACAUCGUCCUCGAUGCGCUCGAUGAGUGUACGAAACGCACAGAGCUAACAGACAUACUGGAGACGUUGAUUGGGUGGCAGCUCGGUAUUGUGCAUCUGCUUAUGACCAGCCGAAGAGAACGGGAUAUCGAGACGUUCUUAGGCAAUCAUGUCACAAGAGAAGGCAUUAUAAGUCUUCAGAAAGAUGUAGUGGACAAGGACAUAUUACGAUACGUUCAGCAGCGGCUGGUCGAUGAUCAGGACCUGGCGAAAUGGAACAAGGACCAGGAUACUAUGCAAGAGAUCGAGAUAGCAUUGAUGCACGGAGCCCGGGGGAUGUUUCGCUGGGCUGUCUGCCAGCUUGACACACUAGCAAAGUGUCGCAAUUUGGCGAUGUUACGACAGGCGCUCGCAGCAUUACCGCAGACUCUAGACGAGACAUACGACCGUAUCCUAGCUUCGAUACGCGAGGUGGAUCGUGUGUAUGCGAUUAGAAUAUUCCAGUGGUUGACCUUUUCUACCAGGCCGCUUUCUAUUGAAGAAGUUGCUGAAGUGGCCGCUAUUGACGUGGCGCGAGAACCAAUGGUCGACCGCGACGAGGUGCUAGUAGAUCCACUAGAAGCGUUGGAGAUAUGUUCUAGCCUCGUCACUCUUUCGACAAAAGAGGUGAAAUGGUUGAACAGGCCUUCCCAGCGGAUCAUCACUCUAGCACACUACUCAGUUCAGGAGUAUCUUGUGUCAGACCGAAUCAAGCAGGGGCCAGCAAAGCAUUUUAGCAUGCAGGAGAACGAAUGUCACGAAGCGAUUGCCAAAGGUUGCCUGGGGUACUUGAGUCAGUACCAGUAUCCAAUUACUCAACAUCUCCUAGAAAAUCAUGUGCUCGCACGGUACUCAGCAGAGUUCUGGCAUCGCCAUCUUCAGAAGAUAGGAGAGGAGACGGAAGAAGUGAGUCGACUAGCGAUGAGUCUGUUCAGCACGAAGACAGCAGGAUUUCUCACUUGGAUCCGCCUUUACAAUCCAGAUUACCUCCAAAGUUCACCAAAUCUGUCGAAAAAGCUGGAUAGUAUAGCCUCGCCUCUUUAUUACGGAUCCCUGCUGGGCCUCGAUACAAUUGUCACAAUGCUGCUGGAACAGAAGGCCAGAGUCAAUGCGCGGGGCGGAUCGUACGGCACCGCGUUACAGGCAGCCUCAGCCAACGGCCACACGUCAGUAGUGAAGCUGCUGAUUGACGCGGGCGCCGACGUCAACGCGACUGGUGGAGAAUACCGCAGUACAUUGCGUGCUGCACUCGGACGCGCACAUGAAGAUACGACCAGGACUCUCCUCGAAAGAGGUGCCUACGUUGGUCUGGACAAGCAACUAAAGGGUGCUCUGCAUCAUGCUGUUAGCAAUCCAGGAUGCACAGCCUCGAUGGCUGAAAUGUUACAACAACAUGGUGCUCCCUUGCACACGGCCGACGUCGAUAAUAUGACGCCGUUGCAUUACUGCGUAAAGUUUGGCCACAGAGCCAUUGCAACGCAACUCCUCAACGCCGGGGUUCCGGUUGACAUCAGGGAUGUGUCUGGUGUCGCUCUCGCACGUGGAAAUGUGAUCGAUGCAUUACUAGCAAGUCCCAACAUCUCUCUUACUGUGAGGGAUCGCGAAGGGGAUACCCCGUUACACUGCAUCCGGUACAACGAACCGGAAAGUGCGGCUUCCAUUCGCAAGUUGAUAUCCAGAGGUGCGGAUCUUUCGUGCCGUAACUCUUGCCAGCAAACCCCACUACAUCUUGCUAGCAAAGCUGGCGAUCUUGUGUCAGUCAAAGCACUGCUCAGUAUGGGUGCGAAGGUGACAUUGCAUGACAUGCAUGGUCUCAAUGCCUUCCAUUACGCAGCCCAAAGUCCAAAUCGAGAUACCAUGAUCGCCAUUCUCGACACCGAAGAAGCAAGAGCAGUCAACCUCAUAACGUCGAGGGAUGCAUAUGGGCAAAAUGUGCUACACCACACCUUUUUUGAUCGCGACAGAAUCCAGGGCGAGAAGAUACGUUGGCUGCUUGAUCAGGGUGCGGACGGUGCCCAGCUUGACGACUCCGGAAUGUCACCUAUAGGAAGCUAUAUUACGCAGUCUUCCUGGGAAAUUGACUUGGACAUCUUGAGAUCGGCCCUUGCGUUCCACUACAUUGCGUCAUCUCUCGACCAACAAGGGGGAACCCUUGGACACCUGCUCGCUGCAUCGUCUAACUUUAGGUUAGACAUACUGGAAGUUCUUCACAUGCACCAUGUCAGCCUAGCGGCGAGAGACUAUAAUGGACGGACCAUACUUCACUACGCUGCCACAAACGGUCGUCUUACCAAAGACACGGCGGACUUCCUCACAAAUGUUGCCGGGAUCCAUCCAGAGUGGGAAGACAAUCGUGGUCGUACCGCGUGGGAAUAUGCUAGCAAGGCAGGUGAAGAAGAGCGCAAGAAGGAAAGGGAUCGAGGCCAAAAGAGCGAUCACGAGAGCGAUAACCACAGUGACACUGACAGCGUUGAGGACGUAAGUCUACGAUGGGAGCAGAGCGCGGCUAUUGUGUUGGGGUAUCGCUCGACUACCAUGAACGAUUCCGCCAUGUCCACCGUGCUUGCUAUUCACCCGCCCGAGUUGUUGGACGAUUCGUCGAUGAAAACUACCGAGACAACAAAUUCUUCACUUUUCUUUGGAACCUGGGCAGACAUUUUGGAGAAUAGGUGA